GGCUUUUACUCUCCGGGAGCCCCGCCGUCUCCUUUUUUCAGUCGCUGGGCUUUUUAAAAAAGAGUCAGAAGCUGCCGAUGUUGGACGCAGUGCUAUGACAACGUCACUGCUCCUCCGUCCGCGCUGGGUCGACCCGUCGGUGAUGUUCCUCUAUGACAACGGCGGCGGUUCCGACGACGCGAGCAAGAACAUGGAGGGUUUCCCGGGUGGCAACUUCGCCGCGAAUCAGUGCAGGAAUCUGAUGGCGCACCCAGCGUCCCUGGCACCCAGCGCUGCGGCGGCGUACUCCUCUGGGGACGCGUCCGCCUCGGCCGUGGGGGAGCCGGUGAAGCAGUGCAGCCCCUGCUCUGCGGCUCAGAAUUCCACCAGCGCGUCCCUGCCGUACGGAUACUUCGGCUACCCGUGCAGGAUGUCUCAUCACAGCGGCAUUAAGUCAUGCGGAGCGCAGCCACAUUCUGCGUAUGGAGAGAAAUACAUGGACACGGCCGCCUCGGGAGAGGAGUUCUCCUCUCGGGCUAAGGAGUUUGCUUUCUAUCCAACCUACCCUUCUGGGCCAUACCAACCCGUCCCGAGUUACCUUGACGUCCCCGUGGUGCCUGCGAUCAGCGCAGCGUCAGAAGCCAGACACGAGUCCCUGCUGCCCAUGGAGAGCUACCAGCCUUGGACUCUCGCCCCCAACGGCUGGAACGGCCAGGUUUACUGCGCCAAGGAGCAGCCUCAGCCCGGGCACAUGUGGAAGUCCUCCCUGCCAGACGCAGUGUCCCACGCGGCAGGAGAUGUCGGCUCGUUCCGGCGGGGGAGAAAGAAGCGCGUGCCAUACACCAAGGUGCAACUGAAGGAGCUCGAGCGAGAGUACGCCGCCAAUAAAUUCAUCACGAAGGACAAACGGAGGCGGAUAUCGGCCCAGACCAACCUGUCCGAGCGGCAGGUCACGAUAUGGUUUCAGAACAGACGCGUCAAGGAGAAGAAGAUUGUCAACAAACUGAAAACCAUCAGCUAGUUGAUUAUUAUAUAUUUUUUUUAUUAUUAUUAUUGCCAUUAAUAAUAAUAUUAUUAUUAUUGUGGACAUAAUCUGUUGGAGAUGUGCAGGUCUGCGCGUGUUUGGACACCUGGAUUUGGACAAUGAGCUCCUUGCUGACUGAACAUGAUUCAAAUUUGAUGUAGGCAAAUGAUUUCCGGGAGCCUCUGGAACAAACUUUUCUGGGGCCUCUGAAGGCCGGACCCUCUUUUUCCUGCCCUGCCACUUGUUAAAUAUUAAUUUGGAGCGAGAGAGCUUGGGACAUUGUACAAUAUAGCGCCAGCAUGUGUAGCUUUUUCAUCUUAUCCCUUUUUAUUCUAUUUUAUUUUAUUUUGGCAUGCCUCUCUUCACAAAGGUGCGCGCCACUGAGCUACACCUUUCUCUUUUAACAAGGGCGAUAAUUAGACGAGUCACAGGAAAUUCUGCCAUUUUGGAGGGGAUUUGGACCUUGGAAAUGUUAAAUAUUAAACCAACCUGGCUUCCUUUUUAAAGCCCUUUUUCUAGUGUUUAGCUUGUAUGAAGUCUAUAGUCUUACCAUAUGGAACCGUACUUUCAUUCAUAUGCAGUCCAUGGUGCAAUUCUUUAUUGUAAUACUUAUAAAUAAUCGUCCAGGAGAUGUGCUUGUACCAAUCAUAGCUCCUGCUAUAUGCGUGCGUGUCUUCAUGUGGUUGUAUAUAAGUGUAAAAGUAAAUUCCAGCAUGAUAUCCGGGCUGUGUGUGUGUGUGUGUGUGUGUGUGUGUGUGUGUGUGUGUGUGUGUGUGUGUGUGUGUGUGUGUGUGUGUGUGUGUGUGUGUGUAUGCGCGCGUGCGUAUGUUUGGUGUUAAAGUCCGUCCCUGCAAUAAAACAUGGACUUGGUUGAAUUUUA